AUGUCGGCAAGUAUAGGAAUGGCUGCUUGUGCCGUUUCAUCCGUCUUCUUUGGUUCCAUGUUUGUCCCAAUAAAAUCUUAUGAUUCGAGAGAUGGUAUCUUCGCACAAUGGAUGAUGUCAAUUGCCAUUCUUCUCGUCGGUUUUGUUGUUUUCGCAUACACCGGAUUUUCUGGAUUUUAUCCACUUGCUAUGUUGGGUGGAGCUUCUUGGUGUAUCGGAAACGCGACAGCUAUUCCAAUCAUCUCUCGCCUCGGACUCGCCGUAUCAAUCCUCGUCUGGAACACUUCUAAUUGUUUGACUGGAUGGGCUGGUGGUCGAUUCGGUUUAUUCGGAAUGAAAGCACAAGUGCCCGCAUCACCAUUUCUCAAUUAUCUCGGACUUGUUUUUGUUGUUAUCGGUGGUUCGAUAUUCGCACAAGUUAGAUCAGAGCCUUCAGCUCCGGUUGCUAAAAAAACUAGUCGAGCAUCAUUUGAUAUGGAGACUAUGAACUUUGAAGAAAAGAAAGCAUUAAAUACGGGAGAGUCUUCGGACGAUGGCGUCGCUGAUAUCGAAGUUUUGAGACCAACAAAGGACUUAAAUUCUGGAUCGCAAAGACUGUUUGCCUUCAUAGCCGCAUUAAUAGCCGGAGUCUUCUACGGAAUGACAUUUGUACCAGUGAUUAGAAUGAUCGACAAUCCUGAAACAUAUAAGGGAUUCCCAACUGAUGGACUUUCUUACGUGUUCUCUCAUUACUUUGGAAUUUUCAUCACAUCGACAAUAAUCUUUGUCCUUUAUUCUAUCUUCAGAAGAAAUGAACCGUAUGCUCCACCGAAUCUCUUUCUUCCCGGAAUGGCUGCUGGAUGUCUUUGGGCAAUCGCUCAAACAUCGUUUUUCGUCGCCAAUCAACAUUUAUCUCAAACUGUCACAUUCCCAAUAAUUUCUCAAAUGCCUGGAUGUAUUGCCGCUGCUUGGAGUAUCUUCUAUUACCGUGAAAUUCGUGGAAAGAAGAACUUCAUGCUUCUGGGGGCUGCCAUGUCAAUCACUAUCACUGGUGCUGUUUUAGUUGGAUUGUCUAAAAAUAUCACAUUCUAG